CCCCUCCCGGCCCCCUCCCUUCCUCUCGCCGUGUCUCAGUCGCUCUGCAGCCGCCGGCGACUGGGGGGAUGUGAGGCCGGCGCCCCAGCCCCCCGCCCCGCCAUGAGCCCCCCGCUCUGAGGGCCCCGGCCCCUGGAUGCACAGCCCCGGCGCUGAUGGGACCCAGGUGAGCCCGGGUGCCCGCUGCCCCAGCCCCCCCAGCACAGGCCGCCCCAGGCCCCGCGUGGACACGCCCGGCCUUCAGCCCCAGCCCAUGGACCUGCGGGUGGGCCAGCGGCCCGCGGUGGAGCCCCCGCCGGAGCCCGCGCUGCUCGCCCUUCAGCACCCCCAGCGCCUGCACCAUCACCUGUUCUUCGCAGGCCUGCAGCCUCGCUCUGCGGAGUCCAUGAGGCUCCCCAUGGACACGCCGGUGCCCCAGCUGCAGGUGGGGCCCCAGGAGCAGGAGCUGCGGCAGCUUCUCAAUAAGGACAAGAGCAAGCGAAGUGCCGUGGCCAGCAGUGUGGUCAAGCAGAAGCUGGCAGAAGUGAUUCUAAAGAAGCAGCAGGCAGCCCUAGAGAGAACAGUCCAUUCCAACAGUCCCAGCAUUCCCUACAGAACUCUCGAGCCCUUGGAGACGGAAGGAGCUGCUCGCUCUAUGCUCAGCAGCUUUCUGCCUCCUGUUCCCAGCCUGCCCAAUGACCCCCCAGAACACUUCCCUCUCCGAAAGACAGUCUCUGAGCCCAACCUGAAGCUACGCUACAAGCCCAAGAAGUCCCUGGAGCGGAGGAAGAACCCCCUGCUCAGAAAGGAGAGUGCCCCGCCCAGCCUGCGGCGGCGGCCCACCGAGACCCUUGGCGACUCUUCCCCGAGUAGCAGCAGCACGCCAGCGUCAGGCUGCAGUUCCCCCAAUGACAGCGAGCACGGCCCUAACCCAGUCCUGGGCUCCGAGGCGCUCUUGGGCCAGCGGCUGCGGCUGCAGGAGACCUCUCUGGCCCCGUUCGCCUUGCCGACAGUGUCCUUGCUGCCCGCAAUCACGCUGGGGCUACCUGCCCCUGCCAGGGCUGAUGCUGACCGUAGGACCCAUCCGACUCUGGGCCCCCGGGGGCCGGUCCUGGGGAGCCCCCAUGCUCCCCUCUUCCUGCCCCAUGGCCUGGAGCCUGAGGCUGGAGGCCCCUUGCCCUCUCGACUACAGCCCAUCCUCCUCUUGGAUCCCUCAGUUUCUCACGCCCCUCUGCUGACUGUGCCUGGGCUUGGGCCCCUGCCCUUCCACUUUGCCCAGUCCUUACUGACCACCGAGCGGCUCUCUGGGUCAGGCCUCCACCGGCCACUAAGCCGGACCCGCUCAGAGCCCCUGCCCCCAAGCGCCACCGCCCCCCCACCGCUGGGCCCCCUGCAGCCCCGCCUGGAACGGCUCAAACCUCACGUCCAGCUGAUCAAGAGGCCAGCCAAGCCCAGUGAGAAGCCCCGACUGCGGCAGAUACCCUCCGCCGAGGACCUAGAGACAGAUGGUGGGGGAGUGGGGCCAGUGGGGGAUGACGGCCUGGAACACAGGGAGUCAGGCCACGGGCAGCAUGAAGCCAGAGGCCCUGUUCCUCUCCAGCAGCACCAGCAGGUGUUCCUCUGGGAGCAGCAGCGACUGGCUGGACGGCUCCCCCGGGGAGGAACUGGGGACUCUGUACUGCUUCCCCUGGCCCAGGGCAGUCACCGGCCCCUGUCCAGGGCUCAGUCAUCCCCGGCUGCACCUGCCUCAUUGCCAACUCCAGAGCCCGCCAGUCAGGCCCGUGUCCUGCCCAGCUCAGAGACCCCUGCCAGGAGCCUGCCCUUCACCACAGGGCUGGUCUACGAUUCGGUCAUGCUGAAACACCAGUGCUCCUGUGGGGACAACAGCAGGCACCCGGAGCACGCGGGCCGGAUCCAGAGCAUCUGGUCCCGGCUGCAGGAGCGGGGGCUCCGGAGCCAGUGCGAGUGUCUCCGGGGCCGGAAGGCCUCCCUGGAGGAGUUGCAGUCCGUGCACUCGGAGCGGCACGUGCUCCUCUAUGGCACCAACCCGCUCAGCCGCCUCAAACUGGACAACGGGAAGCUGGCAGGGCUCCUGGCACAGCGGAUGUUUGUGAUGCUGCCCUGUGGUGGGGUAGGGGUGGAUACCGAUACCAUCUGGAACGAGCUGCAUUCCUCCAACGCAGCCCGCUGGGCCGCUGGCAGCGUCACUGACCUCGCCUUCAAAGUAGCUUCCCGCGAGCUAAAGAAUGGUUUUGCAGUGGUUCGGCCCCCAGGACACCAUGCUGACCAUUCCACAGCCAUGGGCUUCUGCUUCUUCAACUCCGUGGCCAUCGCCUGCCGGCAGCUUCAGCAACAGGGCAAGGCCAGCAAGAUCCUCAUCAUGGACUGGGAUGUUCACCAUGGCAACGGCACCCAGCAGACCUUCUAUCAGGACCCCAGUGUGCUCUACAUCUCCUUGCAUCGCCAUGAUGACGGCAACUUCUUCCCAGGAAGCGGGGCCGUGGAUGAGGUGGGAGCUGGUAGCGGUGAGGGCUUCAAUGUCAACGUGGCCUGGGCUGGAGGCCUGGACCCCCCGAUGGGGGAUCCUGAGUACCUGGCUGCCUUCAGGAUGGUCGUGAUGCCCAUCGCCCGAGAGUUCUCUCCGGACCUGGUCUUGGUGUCAGCUGGGUUUGAUGCCGCCGAGGGUCACCCAGCCCCACUGGGUGGCUACCAUGUUUCUGCUAAAUGUUUUGGGUACAUGACACAGCAGCUGAUGAGCUUGGCGGGAGGUGCAGUGGUGCUGGCCUUGGAAGGUGGCCAUGACCUCACAGCCAUCUGUGAUGCGUCUGAGGCCUGUGUGGCUGCUCUUCUGGGCAACAAGGUGGACCCUCUCUCAGAAGAGGGCUGGAAACAGAAACCCAACCUCAACGCCAUCCGCUCUUUGGAAGCCGUGAUCCGGGUGCACAGUAAAUACUGGGGCUGCAUGCAGCGCCUGGCUUCCUGUCCGGAUUCCUGGGCACCCAGGGUGCCAGGGGCCGAUGCAGAAGAGGUGGAGGCAGUGACCGCACUGGCAUCCCUGUCCGUGGGCAUCCUGGCUGAAGAGCGGCCCCCAGAACAGCUGGUGGAGGAGGAAGAACCAAUGAAUCUCUGAGGCUCCAAAAGAAUGGACCUGCGCCCACCCUGCCCUUCGGACCUGGUUCUUGUCUAGCCUCUGGCAACCAUACCCAUUCCCGGGGUCUUCAGACAGCCUUCGGGCAGGUAGUCGGGGCCAGAGAACAGCCCCUUGCGGUCACCCCAAGGAGCCUG